AUGCCUCGUCCAACAACCCGUCAAGAAGUGCUUGCUCGACUCCGCCAGACCAUCGCCGAGGGCUCGAUCAUCGUCGGCGCAGGAGCUGGAAUCGGGCUCUCCGCCAAAUUCAUCGAAAAAGGCGGCGCGGAUCUGAUCCUCGUUUACAAUUCGGGCCGGUUCCGAAUGGCCGGGCGAGGGUCGCUGGCAGGCAUGAUGCCAUACUCGGAUGCCAACCAGGUCGUCGUCGAGAUGGCAAACGAAGUCCUCCCCGUAGUGGAACACACGCCCGUCCUCGCCGGCGUCUGCGGGACAGACCCCUUCCGCGACAUGCGCUCGUUCCUGGCGCAGCUGCGCGGGCUAGGCUUCAUCGGCGUGCAGAACUUCCCGACGGUCGGGCUCAUCGACGGGAAAUUCAGGCAGAAUCUCGAGGAGACGGGGAUGGGCUACGACCGGGAGGUGGAGAUGAUCCGGCUCGCACACGAGAUGGAUCUCGUCACGACGCCGUAUGUCUUUACCGUCGACGAGGGGGAGCGCAUGGCGCGCGCGGGCGCGGACGUCAUCGUCGUGCAUGUCGGGCUAACCACGUCUGGGACGAUUGGGGCGCAGACCGCGCUGUCGCUGGAUGAUUGUGUUGGUGUUGUUCAGGAGAUCCGCGAUGCAGUUGUCAGGGUUAAUCCUGAGGUGAUUGUGCUGUGUCAUGGGGGCCCAUUGGCGGGUCCCCAGGACGCGGAGUAUGUGCUGAGUCGGACGCGGGGUAUGGAGAGGUUACCGGUUGAGCUGGCGAUCCAGGAGAAUGCUCAGGCAUUUAAGCGGUUGAAGAUCCAUCAGUGA